AUGCGCUUCCCAGUUGGUGGCCUGAGUAGGCCCAUUUUCACCAGUUCACCUUUGGGACGACCAAAUAUCGCCUCUGUUCCAGCGUAUCCGGAUAGGCUAUUUCUGAGGACCUCAUGCACACAUUCUCACCAAUGCGUUGUGGGCAAUCACAUUCAAGCCAAUCGUUCUUUGGAUCGCUGUUUCUCUUCCGCCGGCGUCUAUUUUCACGUGCGUUCGGCAUACAGCGGGUUCUACGCGACGUCGACGUAUCUGCCUGCUGAGAGUAUUCGCCGCGGCACUGGGCGUCACUUCUCGUCGUUUUCUGGGAGCUCUCUGAAGGCUGGCAUGAUUUUCCUACACGGAGACAAAUAUUGUGAAGUUAUCUCGAACCGUCAAGUUAAGCAAGGCCGCGGUUCUGCCUCCAUACAGGUUGAGUAUGUUGAGCUGAGCAGCAAGAAACAGAUGACGCUAAAUUUGCCCAUCGGCGCCAAGGUAGACAAGAUAGAUGUCGAUCGUCAGAGCGCCCUGGUGCAAUACUUGGACGAGGACACCCGUGAGAUUGUGGUUUCUGACCAGAACUACGAGGACACCCGUAUCCCCGCCGGCCUGGUGGGCGACGGCGCCAAGUUGUUGGAGCCCGGGGACGAGCUGCAGGUGUUUUACCACGACCGAACAAUCGUGAAGGUGGGACUUCCUAACAACGUGCAAUCUAAGCUGAAGUGA